AUAAUCCUCACAAUUCCACUUAUGCCCCCAAAUUAACCCUGUUUUUGACCCGAGUCCCUCACUCGUCCUGUCCUUAUUUUGAAAACCAUUGCUGAAAAAAAAGCACACUAAAGCGUGUUUGUGCGUGUACGGAGCAGCCAUGGACGGAGGAGGCGCGCAUAAUCCUCGCACGGUGGAAGAGGUUUUCAGGGAUUUCACGGGCCGGCGCAAUGCGUUGAUUAAAGCUCUCACCACUGACGUUGAAGAAUUUUUCCAGCUUUGUGAUCCUGGUGAGCUGGGCGAAUUUCAGAAGGAAAAUCUUUGUCUUUAUGGAUUUCCUAAUGAGCGUUGGGAGGUUAAUUUGCCUGCUGAGGAGGUGCCUCCUGAGCUUCCGGAACCUGCUUUGGGUAUAAACUUUGCCAGGGAUGGGAUGCAGGAGAAAGACUGGCUGGCUCUCGUGGCUGUGCACAGUGAUGCAUGGCUACUUUCUGUUGCUUUCUAUUUUGGUGCCAGAUUCGGUUUUGAUAAAGCUGACAGAGUUUCUCCUAAUGCUGUACUUUACUUUGUUGGUGGUGGAUGCAGGAAAAGGCUAUUCAGUCUGAUAAAUGAUCUUCCGACUAUCUUUGAAGUUGUGACUGGAGCUGCAAAGAAGCAAGUAAAGGAAAAAUCAUCUGUCUCAAACCACAGUGGCAGUAAAUCCAAGUCGAACUCAAAAGCGAACAAAACUACGAAGGUCCAGGCAAAAGAUGAGGACGAGGGAAUGGAUGAGGAAGAUGAAGACGAGCAUGGUGAGACUUUAUGCGGAGCUUGUGGCGAAAAUUACGCUUCAGACGAGUUCUGGAUUUGCUGUGACAUAUGUGAAAGAUGGUUCCAUGGCAAGUGCGUGAAGAUCACACCUGCCAGGGCUGAGCACAUCAAGCAGUACAAAUGCCCCACCUGUAGCAACAAGAGGGCCCGCCCGUGAUUUGACCAGGCCUUGACUUUUUCUCGGGUUUGUCCCUUUCCUGAUCGUAUCUUCAUGGGCGAACUUGAUGGUGUGUACAAUUGUUGCUAGUCUUGUUUUAUUUCAGGAUAGUCUUUGGAUGCUCUUGCAAGCACUCUUGUUUAGAUGUUCUAAUUGUUUAUUUGUAGAGAUUUGAUGUGUUGUGAGGAGAUUGGAGGCAUCUUUGUUUGUGGUCUUUUAACAUUUGUUCUAUGCUGCUAAAACUGACUUGAGUGCUAUAUUUAUUUACCAGUUAGACUUUUUUGAAAUCUGUUGUUUAGAAAUUGAUCUGGUCAGGUUACCUUACCUACUAGAGGCUAGGG